GAGAGAGAGAGAGAGAGAGAGAGAGAGAGAGAGAAAACGGAGUGCAGUGAAGUGAAUUGAUUGUGCUUUCUCCCGUUGCUCCACGUAGAGCUGUCAUGUUCGCUGGCUGUGCAAAGAGGGAUUAAAAUUACGCAUGUUAUGCAGCGCGCCAAACUGUAUACGCGGUUGAUGCAGUCAGUUGGGAGAUGUGCAGCAGGGGGAGCUGAGCCUCGACCCGGGCAGUGAACAUCGUAAAGGUGCGCAGCAGUGACAGGGAAUCCGUCUGGAUUUAACGCACGUAUUUUGUGAACAGCGGGGAUAUUGACGUUGCUUUCAUGUCUUUUAUUUAUUUAGAUUAUUCCUCAUUUAUUCAUCACAAAAGGGGGUUCGUUGAAGAAACGCACCGUUGAACAAAGGAUUUAGGAGAAACGACAACUGUAACCCAAUUCUGCCAUCCCGAGUGCUUCUCCCCGCUGGCGUGUCAAAUCGGGACUGUUACCAGAAGACAACAAGUACGGUUGAAUACAGGGUGUUCUCUGUCUGUUUCCUAACCCGGGAGAGUGUUGAAAACAGAGUUUUCUCUCUCUGGUUCCUAACCCAGGAGAGGGUUGAAUAAUUCGGUCGGGGGCGCAGAGCUGAUCCGCAGCGGUGGGAAUGUGGAUGGAGAGUGUAAACGCAAACGCAGCAGGAGGGCUUCAAUCCUAAAAUGUGACUUUUUCCAAUACAUCCCCGCUAUACACGUGACACGUGCAUUCUACAAUCGUUUCCAUCGGAUUUGUUUACGUAGCUCAAGGAUGGAAGGAGAGAGUCACUGUGCUCCUGUUGUUGCGGAUACAAGAAGUGUGAGUGUGGGUGCAUGCGUGCCAUUGGAUAACUCUUCCAUGUACAUACACUGUCACUCACACAGUGAUCACUUGUGGUUAAUAAAAAAAUGCAGCCAGAUUUACAGUAGACGAUUUGCUUGUCACAGCGCAACACUGACAUUUUGUUUCACUUUGCACAUUUUGUUCCUCUCUCCUCCUCUCAGAGAUGGCGUUCUUCCCUGUCCUCCUCCUCCUCCUCUCCGUGGUCCAGCGUGGUUCCUCCCAGGACCCUGAUGAGGACUCGUCGGCAGUGCCCCGGGGGUGUGGCUGGGGCCUGGUGCGCCCCUACACCCUCCUCUGCGACUUGGACUCUGUUUGGGGCGUGGCGGUUGAAUCUGCAGCGGCCGGUGGUGCCCUGGCGGCCAUUUUACUGGGCCUGAUCCUCCUCUGCCGACUACACCACGUGAGCGAGGCGGAGAAGCGCAGCGGUGUGGGACCCAUUCUCCUCCUGCUCCUGGGCAUCCUGGGCCUGUUCGGCCUCAGUUUUGCCUACCUCAUCGAGCGUGAUGAGCAGCUGUGUCUCCUGCGCCGCGCCCUCUGGGGCUUGCUUUUCGCCCUGUGCUUCUCCUGCCUGCUGGUGCAGGGUGUGCGGCUCCGGAGGCUGGGCCGCGAGCGCCGGAGCCCGGGGGGCUGCGCUCUGACCGGCCUGGCCCUGGGGCUGAGCGCCGUCCAGGGGAUCAUCGCCGCCGAGUGGCUCCUGCUCACGGUGCUCAGGGAGGGCAGAGCGGCCUGCCAGUACCUGCCUCUGGACUUCUCCUUAGCCUGUAGCUAUGUGCUUGCACUACUGCUAGCCGCGCUGGGGGCGGCCUCCUUCGCUCUCUGUGGGAAGACCCGGCUGUGGCGCUGUAACGCGAUCUGGCUGCUCGCCGCCUGUCUGUUGUCCCUCCUCCUCUGGGUUGCCUGGGUGGGCUUCUAUCUCUAUGGUAACGCCUGGCUGGGGCGGUCCCCGGACUGGGACGAGCCAGCGUUGGCGAUAGCGCUGGUGGCGCAGGGUUGGCUCCUCCUCCUGUUCCACGCCGUGCCCGAGGCACACUCCUGUCUCCGCCCCCCACCGCAACCCACCGCCCCCGACUAUUUUGACACCUCUCAGGCCCCGUCCCGCAUGAGGGAGACCAGCUUCGAUGAGGAAAUCCCCCUCUCACACAGGCAGUAUGCGGAGAACCAGGGCUACGGCUUUGACGAAAACACUGCAGGUCUGAGGAGUGGAGGUAAUCAUAAUGGUAACACAGCGCCCAGACCCAGUGCCCCCUUCCGCAGCAACGUGUACCAGCCCACUGAGAUGACCAUGAUCCUGAAUGGGGGAGCGGUGAGUUCUCAUAUUGUCCCCUCCGCACCCCCGACCUAUACGGGGCGGCAGCUGUGGUGAAGGACAGAAAUGGAGAAGAAGAGGAUGAGAGGAAGAGGAAGGAAGAAUGGGGUGAUGAAGAAGGGAUGAAGGGUCCUUGGACAGAGGAAUAACCCAGAGAGGAUAACUAAACAUGGACACCAUCAGGACCCCUCCCCCCCCUCCCCCCAGCUCUCUAUGUGUGUAUGGGGACAGACAGUUAAACUGAUGACUUACUGAGGGCUUACACACACCACCCACCCUGUGGUAAUCAAGCACACCAACCAACCACUGAAUGAGUGUGACUGAGGGGGAGAGCAGGUAUAGAGGACAGAUCAAAACAUUACUGGUAGUUUUGAAGUUGAAUCUCUGUAGGAGAUAUUAGACUUAAUAAUAACCCUAUUUUGGCUGCAAAUGCAGUGGAGACCAUUUCCAUCUGGGAGACGUGAGAUUUGAAAUGUUGACAGUCAGGUUUCUUUUGUAUGAGUCAAGUUUACUCCCAUGAGACUACUAAGCCACUGUAUAAUUUCUGAAAAACUGUGAAACCGCUCUCCCUCUUGAGAUAUUUGCUCUGUUUUUGUUGUUUAUUUUGGGAGAAACUCUUCUAAAGCAGAAUGUUUUGCUCUGUCCUCCAUCCUGCCAAAAUAAAGGAAACACCAACAUAAAGUGUCUUAAUAGGGCGUUGGGCCACCACGAGCCAGAACAGCUUCA